CAGCAGGCCAGCAUUGCUGAGAUAAUACGUAUCGACAGCUUUUUGGUUCAAUCCGACCGGUCUUCCACUGCCGGUCGUAGGGGUGCGCCGGCGCGCGCUGGGGGCGCAGCUGGACUGCACGAGAUGCCGCCGAAGGGGCGCGCUCGGAAGCAAGCCGCGGAGGCCACCCCGGAGCCGAAGGCCACGCCUGGGGUCGACGCCACGCCGGAGGGCAGUAAGCGGCGGAAGGUGGGCGGGUCCGAUGGCGUUGCCGCCGAGGCCUCAUCCGCUGCGGCCUUCUUGUCGAAGCUGUCCGCGGCGGCGAACAGGCAGCAAGUCGCGCCAGCAGCGCCAAACUGCGACACAGGCCCCAUGUCGCUCUGGAGGAGUGCGCCGGGCGCGAGCGCGACGGCGCUUUCGUCAGCGGCCUUCGACCCCGCCCAGCGGGCCGCGGACUUCCCGGUCGGGAAGCCCGUGGGUUUCGAGUUGGUGUCCCGGGCUCUCACGGAGAUCGAGGCGCUGAAGAACAGCGGCAAGGGCUCUCGGAAAAUCAUGACUGUCAUUCUAAGUAACGUAUUCCGGAUCCUGAUACAUUCGAGGCCGGAGGAUUUGGCGCCCACCAUCUACAUUUUGAGCAACAAGGUGGCACCAGACUACGAGGAUGCUGAGCUCGGUGUCGGCGAUAGUACCGUCAUCCGUGCUCUUUGCGAGACUUUCGGAAGAUCGGAGAAGCAGAUCAAGAGCAUGAUCGGGUCGGCCGACGCCAAAGACUUAGGGGAGGUGGCCCUGCAGAGCUCCCAGUCUCAGAAGAGGCUCAUGAUGCCUGCGAAGCUGACCAUAGAGAAGGUCUUCAGCGAGAUGAAGGCUGUAGCGCACGCGUCCGGCAAAGAUUCGCAGAAGUUGAAGAAGGAGAAGAUUCAGAAGUUGCUCGUUGCGUGCCGAGAGGAGGAGGCAAAGUUUAUCGUCAGGACGUUCCAGUCGAAGCUGCGUAUCGGCAUCCAGCUCCCAACGGUGAUGCAGGCCCUGGCCUACGCCUUCGUGCUCACGUCGCCGGACCGCUCGGGCGCGCCGCGGGUGGCCGACACCCGCAAGGGUGCGGACAAGAUGUCGGAGCAGAAGUUGGACGAGACCACCAUGUCUGCGAUGGAGGCGGCGGUGCGGCAAGCAUUCAGCGAGAUGCCUAACAUCGACAAGCUCGUGGGGGCUCUCCUGGAGGGCCGGAACGCCGAGACCCUGGCUGACGCCUGCAGCAUCUCGCUGGGGAUCCCGGUGAAGCCGAUGUUGGCGAAGCCCUCCAAGGGCAUCGGCGAGGUGGCGGAGCGCCUCUCGGGCGUGCGCUUCACGGGGGAGUGGAAGUACGACGGAGAGCGGGCCCAGAUCCACGUCCUGUCCCGGGACAGGAUCCUCGUCUACAGCCGCAACUCCGAGAACAUGACCGAGAAGUAUCCCGACGUGAUCAAGGUAAUCCGAGAGACGUUGUGUGAGGGCGUGGAGAGCUGCAUCAUCGACAGCGAGCUUGUUGCCUUCGACCUCGAGGCCAAGAAGAUCCUUCCGUUCCAGGUUCUGAGCACUCGAGGACGCAAGAACAUCCAGAUCGAAGACAUCAAGGUGCAGGUCUGCAUCUUCGCCUUUGACCUCAUGCUCCACAACGGGACGCCGCUCGUGAAGAGGUCGCUCGAGGAGCGGCGCAACACGUUGUGGAAGACGCUCGCAGAGACGGAGGGAAAGGUAAAAUUUGCCACUUACAGGAAUUUCGAUGAGCUUCGGGAGGAGGACGUUCAGGAGUUCCUGGAUCAGUCGAUAGCUGGUUCGUGUGAGGGCCUGAUGCUGAAGACGAUGAAUGACAAUGCAACGUAUGAGCCGUCCAAGAGGUCUCUGAACUGGCUCAAGCUGAAGAAGGAUUACAUGGACGGCAUGGGGGACAGCAUUGACGUAGUGCCCAUCGGUGCUUUCUACGGGAAGGGCAAACGGACAGGCGCCUAUGGCGCUUACUUGUUGGCAAUCUACAACCUCGAAGAGGAGGAGUUCCAGACGGUCUGCAAAGCAGGCACCGGAUUUUCCGAUGAAGACCUCGCCACGCACUACGAAUUCUUCAAGGGCCGGGUGCUGAAACACCCGGAGUCCAACUACAACGUCUCCGACAAGUUGAAGCCCGACGUGUGGCUCGAGGCCUGCCAGGUCUGGGAGAUCAAAGCCGCGGACCUGAGCAUAUCUCCGGUGCACACCAGUGCGUUCGGCGUGAAGGCCGCUGGCAAGGGCAUCGGCCUCCGGUUUCCCAGGUUCCUCCGCACACGCGAGGACAAGGGUCCCGAGGAUUCCACAGGCGCCGAUCAGAUUGUGGAAAUGUUUGAAGCCCAAGCGUCCGUCGGGAAGGGCGGCGGCGGUGAAGGCGACGACGACUUCUGAGCGGAUCUGGAUCCGAGACUGGGGUGCAUUGCACUGAGCUGACCAGUGCAGCGUGGGAGUUGGGGAGGAGGCUCGAGCGCCUCCGACGAGGCUCGAGUGCCUCUGACGGUGCUUGCCAGGGUGUGGGGACGAGGCUCGAGCGCCCCUGACGAGCGCUUGCUGGAGCAGGAAAAAGCGUGCUAGAAUGGUGACCGUUGUUUCAUUCAUUGUUUUGCCGAUCAGCGCGGGCCCUCGCACCUCCCCCUCGCCCCCCGCAUGGAGUAGGUCUUGGCUGUUCUUGGCGCCUGUUUCGAGCAGGUGGAGCCUCCCCCAUAGGACGCUCUAGUGCAAGCAGUCGCACGCGUUCCACGGUUCCCUGACCUUUGCACGGGUGGUCUUUGAGCGACCAGCCGAUUCAUAUGUGCUCAUGCUCCUUCGUUCGGCUCGCAGGCGUGGUGAAGCCCACUGAGUACGCGUAAGCGUAUCGCUCGCAUACUGUAAUGACUUGCACGUUGUACGUGUAUCGAGCCUGACAGACAGAACGAGCCCAAUGUCUGUGGAUCGCAUGCAUGAGAGCAAAUCGGACACAUGAAGUGUGAGGCGAGAGC